AUGUGGACAGCCACCAGGGCCACAUUAUUACCCUUGAGAGCCCAUCGCUCUAUUAGUCGUCGCGGACUUGCUCAAGUUGCCGACAUUAGCAAUAUACCUCCUGAAAAUGAUAAAAAGUUCACAGUACCCAUACCAGACACGAGCUUCGAAACCUACAACUUCGAUCCGCCAGCGUACUCAGUCGAAACGACCAAGAAUGAACUCAGACAAUUAUACCGGGAUAUGACGAUGAUCAGGCGCCUCGAACUAGCCGCCGACGGCCUGUACAAAGAGAGGAAGAUCCGCGGGUUCUGCCACCUAUCAACAGGACAAGAGGCCGUAGCUGUGGGCAUCGAACAUGCCAUCAGCAGGGAGGACAAGCUGAUCACGGCAUACCGCUCACAUGGGUUCACUCUCAUGCGCGGCGGGACGAUCAAGUCGAUACUUGGAGAGUUGCUGGGGCGUCGGGAUGGAAUCGCGCAUGGAAAGGGUGGGUCGAUGCAUAUGUACGCCAGGAGUUUCUUUGGAGGAAAUGGUAUUGUCGGCGCCAAUGUGCCUCUGGGUACUGGCAUCGCUUUUGCCCAGCAGUACAAUGACACAGACAACGUCACGAUCAACCUCUAUGGCGACGGGGCGGCGAACCAGGGCCAGGUGCACGAGUCGUAUAAUAUGGCGAAGCUGUGGAAUUUGCCAGUGAUAUUUGGGUGCGAGAACAACAAAUACGGCAUGGGAACCUCCGCCGAAAGAGCCUCCGCCAUGACCGAAUACUACAAGCGCGCCCAGUACAUCCCCGGGCUCCGCGUCGACGGCAUGGACGUCCUCGCCGUGAUCGCCGCCGUCCGACACGGCCGCGAAUACGUCAAAGCCGGCAAUGGCCCGCUGCUCUACGAGUACGCCACGUACCGAUACGCCGGGCACUCGAUGUCGGACCCGGGCAUCGCGUACCGCAGCCGCGACGAGCUCCAGCAGCAGCGCGCCAACGACCCGAUUGGGAAUUUGAAGACGCGGUUGGUGGACUGGGGGGUCCUGACGGAGGACGAGGCGAAGAGCAUUGAUCGAGAGGUACGGAAUACCGUCGGCCAGGAGGUGCGGCAGGCGGAGCAGAUGCCGGCGCCGGAGGCUACGCCGCGGAUUUUGUUCGAGGAUAUUUAUGUGCCUGGGAGUGAGCCAGCGCAGAGGCGUGGGAGGACGGUUGAUGAGACUUGGUACUAG